AUGGCGACCUAUGGGAUGGGAGAGCUUGCACGAGAAGCGGCUGAACUACUGGAGCAACGGGAAGGAACUAAAGCCGGCUCGGCUCGGCUGGUGGUUCGAGACACCCUGUGGGCAGAGGGGCAACCAGGGCAAGGAAGCGUCGAGCUCGACGGCACCACUUGGCGGCUGUGGGACUAUCAGGAGGACGUCAUGAUGACGGAGGACCUGGCAGCCCUUCUUCACCUACCGGAGGUGUCCAUCGAGCGGCGGCAGUGCGUGACCAUUACCAUCGCGGCUAUGGUGGAGUGGAAGGAGAAGAGCCGACGGCCGUCGGUGGAGCAGGUUCAGACCAGAGCACAAAGCCUGAGGUUGGAGCAGACGCGGCUAGCAGUGGACGCGGCCAACACCAUCGGCGAGGCGGAGGAGAUGGUUGCAGCACCUCACUACAGCUCACCACGAGAAGGACUUUCGCUCGUUGGCGGUCUUCCCUUUGGAG